AAUCUCCAUAGACAUUCAAAGUGUUAAUGCAACUCUAGAAUAGAAUAGAAUAGAAUUUUAUUGGCCAAGUGUGAUUGGACACACAAAGCCCUAGUAUUUAUUUAUUUAUUAUUUAUUUAUUUACAUUUAUAUCCCGCCCUUCUCCGAAGACUCAGGGCGGCUUACAUUGUAUAAGGCAAUAAUCUCAUUCUAUUUGUAUAUUUAUAUACAAAGUCAACUUUAUUGCCCCCAACAAUCUGGGUCCUCAUUUUACCUACCUUAUAAAGGAUGGAAGGCUGAGUCAACCUUGGACCUGGUGGGACUUGAACCUGCAGUAAUUGCAAGUAGCUGCUGUUAAUAACAGACUGUCUUAGCAGUCUGAGCCACCAGAGGCCCAACUUUGGGACAACCAGCAUCUGGAUGACUGAGAAUCUCCAUAGACAUUCAAAGUGUUAAUGCAACUCUAGAAUAGAAUAGAAUGGAAUUUUAUUGGCCAAGUGUGAUUGGACACACAAAGCCCUAGUAAGACCACACCUGGAAUACUGCAUCCAGUUUUGGUCACCACAUUAUAAAAAAGGUGUUGAGACUCUAGAAAAAGUGCAGAGGAGAGCAACCAGGAUGAGGGGACUGGAGGCUCAAACAAAUGAUGAACGGUUGCAGGAACUGGGCAUGGCUGGUCUAGGGAAGAGAAGGACCAGGGGAGACAGGAGAGCAUCUUCCAAUAUUUGAGGGGCUGCCCCAGAGAGGAGGAAGGGGGUCAAGCUAUUUUCCAAAGCACCUGAAGGCCAGAGAAGGAACAAUGGAUGGAAACUGACCAAGGAGAGAUUCAACCUGGAAAUAAGGAGGAAUUUUCUGACAGUGAGAGCAAUCAACCGAUGGAACAGAAGAUAUAAUGAAAGGAAACAAUAGGACAGGAACGGGUCCCCUCAUGGCUGGAAGAGGCGGAAGAGGAAGGGGCCGGGGCGGCCACAUGACCUUCAAUGUGGAGGCGGUGGGCAUUGGGAAGGGGGAGGCGUUGCCCCCUCCCACACUGAAGCCAUCCCCCCUCUUCCCUCCCCUGGAAUAUAAGCCGCUUCCGUUGCUGGCCGGAGAGGAGGUGGAAUACAUGCUGGCUCUGAAGCAGGAGCUGAGGGGGGCCAUGAAGAACCUGCCGUAUUUCAUCAAACCUUCGGCCCCCAAAAAAGUUUUUCCCAUAAUUCAAAAUAUCUGCAGAUCCUGUACACGAGGAUCUGGUCCGUUAAUGGUCAAACUAAAUUGGCGCUUCGAGAAAGAUAUCGAGCGCUAUUCCGACAAGUAUCAGAUGGCGGGCCCGACGGACAACGCCAUGGAGUGGAACCCAGAUUGGAAGCAGCUACCUCCGGAACUAAAAAUUCGCGUGAAGAAGACUCGAAAACAAAGGCAGAUGGUUCCAGUUCCCAAACAGAAACCCAAAGUGCCUGCAGACAAGGAGGAAGCCAUUAAGAAGUUGGAGACGCUGGAAAAGAAAGAGGAGGAGGUGACAUCAGAAGAGGAAGAGGAGAAGGAAGAGGGUGAAGAAGGCAAGGAGGAAGAGGAGGAAGAAUAUGAUGAAGAAGAGUUUGAAGAGGAGACGGAUUACAUCAUGUCCUAUUUUGACAAUGGAGAAGAUUUUGGGGGCGACAGCGAUGAUAAUAUGGACGAAGCCAUCUAUUGAGGGCCUCAGUGGGCUGGCCGGUUGGAGAGGCCACCUGGCGAAGUUUCUGGCGAUGUUAUCCUUGAAGGGUCUCGAAAGGGGUAUCCUUCCUCUAGAUUGGGGUCUCCAACCUUGGCAACUUUAAGACUUGUGGACUUCAACUCCCAGAAUUCCUCAGACAGCAAAGCUGGCUGAGGGGUUCUGGGAGUUGAAGUCCACAAGUCUUAAAGUUGCCAAGGUUCGAGACCCCUGAUCUAGAUGGCCUCUCUGCUCCAUGUUGCUGGUGGGCCUUCGCCAUUCGACCUCCCGAUGAAGGAGUCUUCCUCCGAAAAGGGACUCCAUGGAGCAGAUUCUAGUGUUGCUCUGAAGUUCUCCAGGACCUUGCAACAGAUAGGGUUGGACGUCUCCAAAACCACCCAUAAACCACGAUCUUCGGAGCUGAGGGAACGGGGUUGUGUUUGGAUGACGUGACCUGCACUGCAAUGCAUGACUUAUCCUUCGUGGCCUGCGUUGGAUCACAUGACCUAUCCUCCUUGGCUUGUCUUGGAUUACAUGACCUAUCCUCCUUGGCCAGUAUGGAGUGACAUGGCCUGUCCUCCUUGGCCUGUUUUGGAUGACUUGGCCUAUUUUUCUAGGCCUGUGUUAGAUGACACGACCUAUCUUCCUUGGCUUGUUUCAGAUGACUUGACCUAAUUUUUCUAAGUCUGCGUUGGAUGACGUGACCUAUCCUCCUCGGCCUGCGUUGGAUUACAUGACCCAUCCUUCUUGGCCAGUCCCACCAGCAGGCUCUGAUCCAGCAGGAUUUGAGUUGCUUGUGGUCCAAAGCAGGAAGAAGGGAAGAAAAUUCCUCCUCAGGACUUGGUCCAAAUUUUGAGGAACAUCUCAGCAACUUUAAUCCAGAGCUGGGUCUGCUCUGUGGGUCAGUUUGGAUUGUCUGGAGCUGGGGUCUCCAACCUUGGCAACUUCAAGACUUGUGGACUUCAACUCCCAGAAUUCCCCAGUCAGCAUGAUUCAAGAUGGGUGGACUUCAACUCCCAGAAUUCACCUCUUCAAGCCACCACGCUUGAAAAAUGCUGGUUUGGCAGAAUUUAACAGAAUUUUGUAGAUGCGAGUUCGGACUGAUUCUUCAGGUUUUAAUUGCCGUCGGAGAAAUAGUAUAAUUUGUGCUGUAAACUUGAGAUAUUUUUCUGGAUCCUGAAGCUCAUCAGCUGCCAGAUUGAGGGCAGUUUGGAUUGAUGGACUCUCUUCUUUUAAAUGUGUCUGCAAAAUUUCAGAUUGCAAUUUAAACCUGUUUUAUGUUUCUCCAACUUUCCCUUUCAGCAGAAAUGAGCCUUUGGGCUUCACCUUGUGAAUUCAGGGGAGGCAGGGGGGAUGCUCGUGUCAAUCUCCUUUGACUUAAAAGAAAGUCAGAAGUUGGAUAUUUUUACAAAGGGGCCUCUGGGUGCCAUGUUUGAUCUGUAAAUAAAACGAUAGGAAGAAUUUGCCAUCUCUUGUAGCUCAAAAUUGCCCACCUGCCCAGGUGGACGUUCCAAGUGGAAGGGAGCGUGAGUGUGUAGGAGCCCGGUUGGGGGCCAGACCACCCCGAUUUUUCCAGUCCAAGGUCUCCCUGGCCCUUUGCUUCCUGAAGGGGAAAUAGAAGAAGAAUAGAAUAAAGCUGGAAGGGACCUUGGAGGUCUUCUAGUCCAGCCCCCUGCUCAAGCUGCUGUUCAAAUGAUGAAUAAGAGUUUCUGGGCAGGUGUGAAAUUUGGCUGGGCCACAAAGCUUGCAAAGCUUUUGGGACUAAUAUAGGUAGUCCUUGACUUACGACCACACCUGGGACUCUUUUAAGCAAUGUGGUCAUUAAGUGAGGCACCAUGUGACCGCAGCAGUGGAUCCUUUUUUUUUUUGCCAUGGUUGUUACCCAAAUCACCCGUGCUCAUGAACAAGACACAGGUAGACUUACGACUGUUAUGUUUAGUGACCAUUUGAAGUUGUGACAGCGCUGAAAAAAGUGAAUUGUCAGCAUUUAUUCACAUGACCGUUGCAAUAAUCCCAAGGUCACAUGAUUAAGAUUGGCAACUGCUUCAUAUUUAUGACAGUUGUAGUGUCCUGGGAUCAUUAACAGAGUUGGAAGGGACCUUAUAGGUCAUCUAGUCCAACCCCCCCGCCCAAGCAGGAGAUGCUACACCAUUCCUGACUGAUGGCAGUCCAGCCUCUUCUUGAAAGCCUCCAGUGAUGAAGCUCCCACAACUUCCGAAGGCAACUUCUGUUCCAUGGGUCAGAAAAUUUCUCCUUAUUUCCAGGUUAAAUCUCUCCUUGUUCAGUUUCCAUCCAUUAUUCCUUGUCCGGCCUUCAGGUGCUUUGGAAAAUAGCCUGACCCCCUUCCUCCUCUCUGGGGCAGCCCCUCAAAUAUUGGAAGAUGCUUCCCUAGACUAGCUGAGUUCCUGCAAUCGUUCUUCAUAUUGCAGAUUAGAUUAACAAAGUUGGAGGGGACCUUGGAGGUCAUUUAGUCCAAACCCUCGCUCAAGCAGGAGACCCUACACCAUUUCUGAUAGAUGGCAGUCCUGUCUCUUCUUGGAAGCCUCCAGUGAUGAAGCUCCCACAACUUCUGAAGGCAAUUCCUGUUCCAUGGGUUGAUUUUUCUCACUGUCAGAAAAUUCCUCAUUUCCAAGUUGAAUCUCCCCUUGUUCAGUUUCCAUCCAUUGUUCCUUGUCUGGCCUUCGGAUGCUUUGGAGAAUAGCUGGACCCCCUUCCUCCUCUCUGGGGCAGCCCUUCAAAUAUUGGAAGAUGCUCUCCUGUCUCCCCUGGUCCUUCUCUUCCCUAGACCAGCCAGGCCCAGUUCCUGCAACCGUUCAUCGUAUGUUUGAGCCUCCAGUCCCCUCAUCAUCCUGGUUGCUCUUCUCUGCACUCGUUCUAGAGUCUCCACAUCUUUUUUAUAGUCUGGUGACCAAAACUGGAUGCAGGACUCUAGGUGUGGUUUUGUGACCUUUUGACCAGCAAAGUCAUUCGCUUAACAAUCCUGCUACUAACUUCAGAACUGCAGUGAUUCCCUUAACGACUGUGGCCAGAAAGGUCGUAUAAUGGGGCAAAACUCACUUAACAGCUGUCUUUGCUUAGCGAUGUACAUUGGGGGCUCAAUUGUGGUUGUAACUCGAGAACUACCUGUAUCAUAUGGCUGCGACUUCCGACUUCCUGCCGUCUUCCCCAUUGCUUGUUGGAAGCCGGCAGGGAAAGAUUUGCAAAGGCAGGACACUCGAAAUGUCAUUGGUGUAAGCGUUUUGCCGAGUGUCCAAGUCGCAAUGAGGUAACCAUGGGAACGCCUCAACUAUCACAAGGGCGAGGAUCAGAUGUGCGCCACUUUUUCAGCACCGUCGUAACUUUGAACCGUUGUUAAACGAAUGGUCGUAAGCCGAGGACGCUGUUUCUACAGCUGGUUCUCUGCCCGGUAAAUGAAUUUCUUUUUGAUUUGGCUUUGGGACCUGACCUUCCGACCUUGAUCUCCACUAUCCAACGCCAGCCUUGUAAAGAAGGCCUGUGGGAAGCCACUAAGGGGCCAGCUUGAGGCUGAAGGGGCUGAGGUAGUCAUGACUUCUGGUCUCGGGAACCUAAUUUAGAAUAGAAUAGAAUAGAAUUUUUAGUGGCCAAGUGUGAUUGGACACACAAGGAAUUUGUCUUGGUGCAUAUGCUCUCAGUGUACAUAAAAGAAAAGAUACAUUCAUCAAGGUACAACACUUACAACACUUAAUGAUAGUCAUAGGCUACAAAUAAGCAAUUAGGAAACAAUAUCAAUAUUAAUAUAAAUCAUAAGGAUAGAAUAGAAUGGAAUGGAAUAGAAUAGAAUAGAAUAGAAUUUUUUAUUGGCCAAGUGUGAUUGGACACACAAGGAAUUUGUCUUGGUGCAUAUGCUCUCAGUGUACAUAAAAGAAAAGAUACGUUCAUCAAGGUACAACAUUUGCAACACAAUUGAUGAUCAAUAUAUCAAUAUAAAUCAUAAGAUUGCCAGCAACAAGUUAUAGUCAUACAGUCAUAAAUGGAAAGAGAUUGGUGAUGGGAACUAUGAAACGAUUAAUAGUAGUGCAGAUUCAGUAAAUAGUCUGACAGUGUUGAUGGAAUUAUUUGUUUAGCAGAGUGAUGGCCUUCGGGGAAAAACUGUUCUUGUGUCUAGUUGUUCUGUUGUGCAGUGCUCUAUAGCGUCGUUUUGAGGGUAGGAGUUGAAACAGUUUAUGUCCAGGAUGCGAGGGAUCUGCAAAUAUUUUCACGGCCCUCUUCUUGAUUUGUGCAGUAUACAGGUCCUCAAUGGAAGGCAGGUUGGUAGCAAUUAUUUUUUCUGCAGUUCUAAUGAUCCUCUGAAGUCUGUGUCUGUCUCGUUGGGUUGCAGAACCGAACCAGACAGUUAUAGGGGUGCAAAUGACAGACUCAAUAAUUCCUCUGUAGAACUGGAUCAGCAGCUCCUUGGGCAGUUUGAGCUUACUGAGUUGGCGCAGAAAGAACAAUCUUUGUUGUCCUUUUUUGAUGAUGUUUUUGAUGUUAACUGUCCAUUUUAGAUCUUGCGAUAUGAUAGAACCUAGAAAUUUAAAGGUUUCUACAAAGCAAGCGUCUCGCCCAAAACGGGAACUUGAGAAGAACGGGUAGUGAUACUGCUUAUGCACACAAAAAAAACCCAGUUUCCAGAGAAUUUUGGCUGUUAUUUUUAAAAGUGCCACCUGUCAGCAGUUUUACAAUUGAGGCAACACAUUUAAAAAAGAAUUUAAAAGGAAAUCCACCCGAAAAGGUUGGUGGAAAUGAUUGUGUCUGGACCGGCUACUUAACCGGGUUGUAAAUCAACUCUUCUCCUAAGUUUUAAUACAAUAAAAUUAACCAGUUAUAGUUUUCCAUUUGUGGCUGUUUUUUUUAGCAGCCAUUCAAAGUUAUGACAGAACUGUGAUUUGCAGUUGUCUUUGUACUUAACAACCAUCGCAGUGUUCCCACAGUCAUGUGAUCAGAAUUUGGGAGCUUGGGAACCGAUGAUUAUUUACGAUUGUUGCAGUGAUGGGUGGAUACCGGUUUGCCCCGAAUCGGGCGAACCGGUGGCGGUGGCAGGAGGCUCCACCGACUCGCCUGGACACUUCUGCACAUGUGCAGAAGCGUCGUGCAAGCGCAUGAGCAAACCGGUAGCAAGCUAAAUUGAAACCCACUACUGCAGAGGUCUCCAACCUUGGCAACUUUAAGCCUGGUGGACUUCAACUCCCAGAAAUCCCCAGCCAGCAAAGCUGGCUGGGGAAUUCUGGGAGUUGAAAUCCUCCAGGCUUAAAGUUACCAAGGUUGGAGACCACUGCACUACUGGACGGUUGUCUGGGGUCAUGCGAUACAAUACAGGUAAUUCUUGCUGUAUAUAUCAAAGGCCUGGAGGAAGAACGGCUGCAGGAAUUGCAGAAAGAACUAAAGAAAAGAAAAAUUAGGGGUGACAUGAUAGCAGUCUUCCAGUAUUUGAGGGGCUGCCACAAAGAAGAGGCGGUCAAUUUAUUCUCCAAAGCACCAGAGGCAGGACAAGAAACGAUGGAUGUAAAUUAAUCCAAGAGAGAUUCAACCUGCAAUUAAGGAGAAACUUCCUAACAGUGAGGACAAUGAACCAGUGGAACAGCUUGCCACCAGAAGUUUUGGGGGCUUCAUCAUUGGAAGUUUUGAAGAAGAGACUGGUAUAGCCACCUUUCUGAAAUGUUAUAGGUUCUCCUGCUUGAGCAGGGGUUGGGCUAGAAGACCUCCAAGGUCCCUUCCAGCUCCAUUCAUUCAUUGUAUUAUAUAUAUAUAUAUAUAGUACAUCGUCCCUCUUAUGAAGGAAAUGGAUGGUUCAGAAAUAGGAAAUCAAUCUAUCAAUUACAUAAAACACAUAAACACGUACAGGUAGUCCUCAACUUACAACCAACACGGAGCACAAAAUUUCCGUUGCUAAGCGGGGCCGUUGUUAAAUGACUUUUGUCCCAUUUUAUAACCUUUUACCCCGGUUGUUAAGUGAAUCACUGCCGUUGUUAAAUCAGUCACCCGGUUGUUAAGUGGUUCCCCCACGGCCUUUGCUUGUCAGAAGGUCGCAAAAGGGGAUCCCAGGACGCUGCCACCGUCAUAAGUGUGAGUCAGUUGCCGAGCGUCCCAAUUUUGAUCACGCGGCCAUGGGGAUGCUGCAGCGGUCGCAAGUGUGAAAAAAGGAUCCUAGGUCACUUUUUUUAGUGCCGUUGUAACUUCGCACGGUCACUAAAUGAAUCCAGGAUUGCCUUUACGUCAUAUACUUAUGGUCAUAACCCAAGGACUGCCUGUGUGCCCUUCAAAGUAAAGCCAUCCAUUAUCUGAUCGAAUGUGCUUAAACAGGAGAUUUAUGACCCCUGGAAUAUUCUUCCCCGAGUAAAUUAUUCUCUAAUUACUACUAGUCUUUAUCGUUAUUAUUAUCUCAAGUUCUAACUAUUUAUGGCUGUCCACCAGAGUUUUUAAACGCUGGCUGGACUUUCUCUCGCUUCUGUGUUUCUCCUUCUCUUCUCCAAGUCUUGCUGAUGUUGGGUUUUUCUGUCGCAAUUGCAUAAGAAGGCCUCGUGUCCAGGUGUUAUCUGGUUGUUAUCAUCCCAAGCUUUCUGGUAUUCUGUUAGAUCUGGAGAUCCCAGCCUCAAAGCCCACCUGCCCCUCUCUUCAUCCCCAUGGGAAGCCACUUUUAGCCUGCCCAGUCCAGCCUGUGCCCCAGGGGGAGGGGAGCCUGAAGGGAGCUGUGAUGGACCCCCAUAGGCCCCCUUCCAGGGGGAAGAGUGUGCAAGACAUUGCUUGAUUUCAGCUUCUAAAAGCCCUCCACCCUCCAGGAGAAUUCUCUCCCACCUCUCCAUGUGUCAGCCUCCGCUGACAUUAAAUUAAAUAUUUAAAUCAUAUUCCAAAUUUUGGAAUAUGCAAAUCUAAUCUCCCUGCAGAGAUUAAAUUGGCCCCCACUUCGAUAAACUAUUUUUCAAAAUUCUUUUCUAUUGGGUUUUCUAUUGUUUGUAAGCCAUCCAGAGCAGGGGUGAAAUUGGACCGGCUCGCCUGAAUCGGUAGUGAUGGCGGUGGGUGGUUCGGAGAACUGGUAGCAAAAAUCCCUG